AUGUCGGCGCCGACGGGCGGCACGGUCCACAAGAUGCUCCGCAUUGCGGACGGCGGCGACGAGUCUGACGCGCUGACGGAGGCCGUGGUCGCCAAGUUCCUCUGCCUCAGAGCACUUGAGGCUAACAAGCCCGUCAUCGGCGCGUCCGGCGCCGCGCCAUUCCUCGUGCGCGCAUUCCAGUCCGCCACGUGCUCCUCCACUGAGCAGGCGCGCCAUGACGCGCUGUGCGCGCUCCUGAACCUCUCCAUCGCGCCCGCCAACGCGCCGCACCUGCUGGUGGCCGGGCUCGCGCCGGCGCUGGUGGCUACCGUGGGGGACGCCGCCCCCGUGACGGACCACGCGCUCGCCGUGCUCUGCAACCUCGUGGCGGCCUGUCCCGAGGGCCGCCGCGCAGUGAGCCACGCCCCCGACGCGGUGCCGUCCCUCGUCGACGUGCUCAACUGGGCCGACGAGCCCGGGUGCCAGGAGAAGGUGGCCUACGUGCUCAUGGUCCUGGCGCACCGGAGCUACGGUGACCGCGCGGCCAUGGCCGAGGCCGCCGCCUCAUCCACGCUCCUGGAGCUCACGCUCGUGGGCACGGCACUCACGCAGAAGCGCGUGUCCAGGAUCCUGGAGAUCCUCCGCGCCGACAAGGGCAAGCAGGUUGCGGACGACGUCUCAGGCGUCGUGGCGACGGUGUCGGCGCCGCAGGAGCGCAGGUGCCGUGGGGAGGAGUCGGUGGACGGGGAGUUCGACGACGCCGGCAUGAGCGCCGAGAAGCACGCCGUGCGGCAGCUGGUUCAGCAGAGCAUGCAGAGCAACAUGCGGCGCAUUGUCCGGCGCGCGCGGCUGCCGCAGGACUUCGCUCCGGCAUCGACCGAGAACCUCAAGGCGCUCACUGCCUUCUCCACCUCCAAGAGCCUGCCAUUCUAG